AUGAGAAAUGUGAGUUUGAUCAUUUAUUUUAUUUAUUUUUUCAAAAAUUUUUAACAAAAUCAAAAUGUUUUUUUUUUUGUAAAACAAAGCAAUUUUACUCUUCGUAUUUUGCUCUCCACAAUUUUUUUCUGUUUACAAUAUUUUCCCCACAAGAUAUUGCUUUUUAAUUACGCCACUUUGUAAUGUCAUGCAUCCCACUUGACGUUAAUUAUAUUGCAAGUAGCAAUUAUAUGGAGGAGCGAUCGGAAUGUCGCUCGGCUCAUUAUUACGUCUUGACUUUGUCAGUCAGAAACAAUGGGGAUUGGGAUUUAUAUUGUCGAUUUUUGUAGAGGAAAUAGUUAUUUUAUAGUCGAUUGAAAGAGAAAUUUUUUAGGUGAUAAUAAAAAAAAUUUUGUUCAGUUUUCUGGAUGAAAAUUAGCUAAAAUUUAGAGCGUUAUUUUCCAAGAAAUUUAUCAGAUAUUGAGUUCGUAUUUUACAAAAACCGCCGAGAUUUUUUUAUCUCUUUUUUCAUUGUGGAAAAAAAGGCUGCCGCUGAAAACGAAAGCUUUCAAUGAAUGAUUUGUACACUGUGGGCCACUCGAACCUCGCAUCCAUAUUUCAAGUAUUUCUCCGCUAAUAAUGAACCAAUCUCCCUAAAAUUUAUAUCAAAUUAAAGCUGAGACACCCCAUUUUUUGUCCGCAAAAUAUGGUCCGUCUAAGUUUAGGGAGAGACCCGUACUGACCUUUGACAUUUUUAUUCCAAAUUUUGGAUCCCAAAAUGGGUAAAACUUAGAAAAUCUGUCUAUGGCAAGCAAUUUUAGAGGACCAAGAGCCUGCUUUGAUCCAAGUUAAACAAUAAUCCUUUUUAUUUUCUGUCGGGAAAAUAUUGAACUCAAUUUCGCUGCACCAAUCGGGUUGCUGAAGUGAAAAGCGAUUUGAUUUCUUUUCACUUCAGCGACCCGAUCGACAAAAUUCAUUUUCUCGGCUGCGAUUUUCGAUGCGACAGAGCGCUCAUUAUUUUACCGACAGACUGAUAAGACAUGUGCAAAUUUUUUUUGGUCUCGUAAGACUUGUUGUACAGAGGUUUUAUUAUGAACAAAUUUUUUUCGGUUUGCUAAAAAAAUUUAAUAUCUAAUGGCAUGCAUGACAAAACAUCGUAUUUUACCCCCUCAUGUUUUCAGAUGCGCGACGAAAUGAUCGAAAAUAUCCGCCGGCUCAGCGACCUGCUCGAAUCCGAAACCAAACGUCUUCAAGCCGCCAACAACGAGCGUGAGCAUUGGGAGAAGGAGGCUCGCGACCUCAAAAACGCCCUCAAUGAACAGCGACGUCUUCUCGAAGAGAAACCGCGCAUUCCCGAGACCGAUUCCGAGCUCCGAGCACGAUGCGAAGAGUUGAUGAGAGAGAACGCUGAAUUAGCAGCUGAUUUGCUGAAAAAAGAGAGAUUUGGAGGCGAUGGAGAGAGUCGAGAGCUCAGAGAAUUGGAACAGAAGUAUCUGGCGGAGGCUCAGAAUUGGCGAAGGGAAAGAAUGGCGUUGGAGAAUCAAAUUGAGGAGCUCAGGAGUGAACUGAACAGGUGAGGAUUGGGACUAUUUUUAGUUGGGUUUAUGUUUUCCAAAUUAAUGGAUGUGUUACCAGAGCGUAUUUUACAAAUAGUCGAGAGAUUUAGUUUGUAAAAAUUGCUUUUUUCUUGAAAUUUUUUUUUUUGAAAAUUUAAUUUUUAAAAUUUUUUAAUUUGUGGUCGGAAAUUGUUUUUUUUUUUGUUUUUUUGCGAAAGAGUUACAAUUUUAAAAUUAAAUUUCAAAAAUAAACAUUAACUGCCAUAAAAGUUGAAGUAAAAAAGCAAUUUCCGUGAUUAAAAAAUAUUAAAAUUUCAAAGAAACCUACAUCAAAUUUUCUGCUUUAAAAUUUCCUCAAAAAAAUUAAGAAAAAAUUCUGGAAAACCCCAAAAAAAAUCGUUAAAAAUAGUGUUAAAUAUUGUAAAUGUUUUGCACUAAAAAUUUCACACUUUUUGAUAUGCAUUUUUAAGCAUUUUUCACAAAAAUUCUCAAAAAAAACUUGAUUUUUUGGUGGACAGAAAAGGUUUACCUUAUUUUUAAAUAUAUAAAGAUCAUGUUUCGUCGUAUUUUACCCCAAUUUUCAGCCAAAACAACCCGAAGCCGAAGCCGCGGAAGAUCAAUGGCUACUCCACGCUGCCUUCGCACACCUCCAUUCCGACCAGUGAGACGUCGUCGGCGGACGAAAGCACCGCGACUCUGGGUUCGAACGGAACUUUGGAGAACGGAAACGUCCAUGCGGAGCUGGAACGACAAAAACGGCUGGUGAAUGUGCUGAGGAGGAAGUUGCAGCAUCAGCAAAUUGAACGGUUUCAGCAGAGCAGAAGCUUCUGUGCUACGAUGAAGUAG